AAUUCAUUAAGGAAAGCUCUUGAUACCUCAGAUGACAGUGGACGUGGCCGAACUUCGGUCCUUGCUGAAAAAAUGGCUGCGUAAGACCAAUAUAAAGUAUUCAACCAAGAUUAUAAAUUAUGUCUACCGCCUAGUUAGUGAGGGAACUACAAAUAAAACUGCAAUUGCAUAUAUAAAUAGUACUGGAUUUUUCAAGAAAUACUUAUGGGAGUUUUACCAAGAUGGGGUUUCAUCGGCUCACACUGACCUUGUGGCGAUUUUCCUUAUGUAUGACCUGAAAAUCGAAGACCAAGCAGCGUCUCAACGACUGAUGGAUUUGUUUUUAGAUGAACAAUAUCAAUCAAAAUAUCAAUCGUAUAUGGCUAAUUUGACCAGUAAGCCAAACAGUUACAUGUUGGAUCUACUCACUGUCCUUAUUUCCACCAAAUUGGCCCAUCCUACAGUAAGAAAAAAUGUAGGUGGAAUCUUCAGCAUUUCAAAUUGGAGACAUCUUCCAAACUAUGAAGACUUACUAGCACACCAACCUGAUUAUAUUAAAGAUUCAUUUCAGAGGAAAAUUAAAGCAGUGGAUUCUGAGAACUUGGGUGAACUGGCCUGGUUAUACGAUGUAAUGGUGACACAAGCGAAGAAUCAGAUGAUGGAAGGAAAAGAUGACAUCGAUACAGAUUAUGAGGAUAACGAGGAUACAUUGCCAACCCUUGUCUCAUCCUUGAUCAACCUACUCAUAGUGUGUUUAUCUCAACUCCCCAUAAGGACCACUCUCAAUACGUUUGUAAAGGAAAUUGGGUUUAUUUCAGCCUUGCCAAGAAAUGAGCACACCGACCUUCUUAGAUACUAUGUAUACUACCCAAUAGAUGACUUUUCCGGCGAGGAACAGUUUGAAACAUACGAAAAGGACCGAGCCGACCGGUUUUACAAACUACAAUUGACUUGGUAUGAUAUUGAUGAGGGAAACCCCAUCCAUCUCUUACCAUCUGUGUACAACACUAACCCGGAAGAGGUUUCGUCGUGGCUUCGAAGCCUCACUCUCGCUAGCUUACAACAAAUCCUGGCAAACUUGAAAGUUGGUCAAUAUAUUCCUACGGAACUUAUUUCCAAUGAUCUCUUGGUAAAGAUAAUUGUGGAUUCCAUCUACACCCCAAAUUACAAUACUCGACAAAUUGUGUUGGAGAAACUAGUCUUCAGUGAUGUUUCCCAAUUCUCACAAUACACAAGUCCAUUCCCACCCCUUAUAGGAACCAUUCAGUACCUUUCAACCAAAGAUUAUAUCUUUCGUACACUCUUAACAUAUGCACAGCAGUAUCGUCAGGAGGCUGUGACGCAUAUACUACUGGUGCUUCAAAGAAUGGCAGUGUCUUCUGAAGGUCUAGCUAAGGGAUCAAGUAAGUAUGCUACUUCUAUCAAAUCUAUUAGUAAUGAUGAAGGGAAGAUCAAGGUCGAACUAGUCAAAGAUCUUUCCAUCAUUUCUGGGGAUUCUGUCGUUUUGGUUCAAAUCCUUAAACCAAAUAAGUAUUCCGAGCAUCAAGUGACAGUCCAACAUGGGGUAUCUGUAGUACGGUCUGGGCGUGUGAUCUCCACUGAUAAACGAAAGAUUUUGGCGUUAGAAUUGGACGGACAUGACCAAGGUGAAGUGUCCGAUCAAAUCCAGUUUUCCCAUAUUAUAAAGCUUCCAGUGGACAAUAAUAAAACUCGUGAAAUCGCAAAUAAGGGACUUCAUUUGAACCUCCCACCGUUCUUAAAGGAUUUAUUCUUGGGAUUCGACCACCCUAAUUCUGCAUCUUACACUGAACAAGCAAACAGACCUGUCCAAUUAAAAAUAAAUUGCCUCAAUGGAGAAGAAUUAGUAAAGGAGAUAUAUGGAGCAGUUGAGUCUGAGAAGGACGUAGUCACUAAGAAAUUGAAAGCUGAUGAUGUUAAAGAUACCAUUUCGCCAGGAGAUUCGAGACAUUCCCUUUUAUUGAGAUUCCCAGAGGAUUCGUCGCUUGAGACAACAUUCUCAAUCUUGGAUGACGUUGACACUGUUCCUGAAGCUCCCAUGUGUAAACUAGCAUUCGAAGGAUUGGUGUCUUCUAUUUCAACUGGUCUUACUCUCAUUGAUACACCACCAUACCUGACAGUACCGAUCCUUAAGUCAAUAUUACACAAUUUACAUCUCAACUUCCCUAAUGAACGGGUUCUUGUUGUUUCUCUGCACAUCUCCGCGACUGAACAACCAAUAAGUGAGAAACAAAUUGUAUUGGUGGGGGAUAAACAAGCUGACACCGCUGCAUUGAAGUCUAAGGCAGAUCAACUUCUUAUUUUCGCAUCUAAACUCUUUCAACGAGUAAUUAACGUAGCAGAGGCUUUAAAAGCUGGUGAAGAUCCAAGUGUGUAUGGACAAUCCUGCGAAGAUGCAUGGCUCUUGUUCCGUACAUAUAUUGAGCCAAGUUGGGAAAAGUUUUUGAUAAAUGUCAAGGAAUCCCCAAAUAAUGAAACCCUUUCUCAAUACCCCUUUGAUAUGAAAACUUCAGUAAACAUUUCUAACAAUUUCCAACAAAAUUUAAAGUCAAUAAUAAGUCAUUAUAUUGAACUUUCUCAAGUGUUUUAUGAACUAAAUUCUUUGAAUCCUGUCAUAAAAUUCCAAGACAAUUUCAAAGAAUUGUUCCCAUUUAUUGUUAAUAAGUAUUGUACUGUUAUACAUGUCAGUGAAAAGUUUUUGUUGCAACAAUUUUCCGCUGACAUGGGUCCAGUGACUCUUGAUUCGUUGAAUCUUAGUUCAAUUAUUUUAACUGAAAAUGAGUAUAUGUCAGAGUUUAGAAGUUUGUCUACAUUUUUAACUGUGAAUGAUUCCAAAUAUCUCAAACGAGUGGUUAUAUUGGGGAACACUUUGAUCAAUCGUAAAUCUCUCAUUCUGAGAUUUGUUGGAUUACAAGUCCCAACAUUUGGUCCUCUAGAGGCUCCAUUGGUAAGGUCACAAAUUGCACAAUUCUAUUCAGAACAAUCACCAAGAGAAUUGAAUCCUUCGUUUAAUUCUGGGUUUGACAAGGUGGUUCAAUAUAUAGAGGUUGAAAAAUCUACAAGUCAUGUCAAUGUUGAGGAAGUCGAAUAUCUUGUCGCAGUAUAUCAGUACAUGAGACUAUUAAACUAUCCUGCUGAUACCAUUGCUAUACUAACUGCGUCUGCCAUUCAACGGGUUCUUUUAUGUGAAGUGUUGACAAGAAGAUGUGGCCCUGCUAAUGAACCUGCUAGUGAUAAACCUGCAGAAGGUUUCAACUUUGGAUGGCCACAAUUUGUCCUGACUACCAAGGAUUUACAAAAUUCAAAGGCUGAUUAUGUACUUUUAUCUACACAUGGAGAGGAAUUGCAAGAGGUUAUCUCGAGCGUCUUACGCGCAAGUUUAUUGGCACGUCUUGGUUUGUACGUUUUCACAAGUGCUGAUGUUACAAUAGAAAAAUGUUCAUCAUUGAAAAUCCGAGUAGGUGAACUCUAUAAUCGAGACCGUUCAAAGCAGUCAUUCACCAUUGAAAAUCGUGAACACAUGGCUGAUUAUGUGGAACAAAUGACUAAAACUAGAAGAGGGGCUAAAUAAAUAGAAUAUACAUUAGAUAUUAAUAGAACAAUGACACACCCCACCCCCCAC